AUGUGGGAAAGACAUGGGAAAAGGAGUUUCCGGGUGUCCGUGGGAUCUGAAGACUGGGUGCUGCUCUCCGAACCCGACGACGUUGCGGUAUUGUUUAGUGAUUCAAGUAUUCUUUCAAAGUCACCAGAAAGAAACGCUGCUGUGAAACCGUUUUUUGGAAAUUCCGUAUCUACUUCUGAAGGAGAAAGAUGGCGAUGGGCGCGAAAAUUAGUGCUAUCCAGUUUUAAUAUGAAGAAUAUGCAGCAGCGACUGAAUACUGUGAAUUCUCGUUCGGAUGUUCUCCUUAAGAUCCUUAGUAAUUACGACGGAAAAGGUCCAGUACCUCUGUAUCAAUAUUUACGACCAUUCAUGCUGGAUAUACUCUUCAAUACAUUAAUGGGUGUUGACAGCAAUUUCUUGGAGAACCCUAAUCAUCCGUAUUUGAUAGAAAGUGGCAAGGUUAUCCAUAUGAUAACGGAAAACUAUUUUUCGUAUUGGAGAAACAUUCGUCCUAUAUUCGCGCUGACGUCAACUUAUCGAGAACAGAUAGCCGCAAUCAAAACGAUACAGGAAACGGGCUCUAAUGUGAUUAGACAACGAAAAUCUAAGCUAAAGAAGAUUAUUGAUGACGUCAAGUUGAAUAAUAGAACGGUUGACGUCGAUGUACACGAGUUAAUACAAAAAAGAUUAUCAGAAGAUAACACCUUGUUGGACACAUAUUUAUUGAAGACUUUGCCAAACGGAGACCCGGUACCAGACGACGUGAUCAAUGAAGAAAUCAGCUUUAUUUAUUUUACAGGUCACUUCACAACCGCUGUGACGAUAAGCCACGCCCUCUACUGCCUUGCAAAAAAUCCUGAGAUACAGAACAAAGUGCUUGAAGAACAGCGUUCAAUAUUCAACACAGACUUCUUAAGAAAGCCUACGAUGCAAGAUCUGAACGAAAUGAAGUACCUAGAGGCUGCUAUUAAAGAAACUCUGCGCGUUAUACCGACUGUUCCCAAAAUAGGGAGAAAACUAAAUAAAGACAUGACAAUGAGAGAUGGCAGAGUCAUCCCCGCGGGAACCACUGUGAUAGUUUACUACGAAGCUAUGUUUGUCAACGAAAAAGUAUUCCCCGAACCGCAUAAGUUCAGUCCGGAGAGAUUUUUCGAGAACAAUAUUCAGUCGCAUGCAUUUCUGCCGUUUGGUGGAGGACCACGGAGCUGCAUAGGGUUCCGUUUUGCUUGGAUGGCCGUAAAAGCAGCUCUAUCCAACAUUCUGCGAAGAUACGAGGUCCUCGAGGGCGGGCCGGGCACUGAACCCCAGUUCUCAUACAGAAUCGUCACCGAAUCCAAAAACGGGAUAAAUGUUAAAUUGUCUAAAAGAUAA